GCGAGUUCAGAAACAACCGAAACAAAUAUGUCGAUAUAUAUCGGAUCACAUGAGUGCAGAAUGUAUCCAAUUAAAUGGCACUUGGCUGGAUUCUAAUGAUUCACGCUUCAGUGGUGAAUACAGUGAACUACUUCCAGAUUGGUUUUGGAAUAAUAUCACAAACAUCACUAAUGCAUCGCAGUCAGAGGAUUUGCUUGAAGUGGAUAAAUACACAUUACCUUUUGAGCUUUGGCAAACAGUCUUAAUAGCUCUGUGUCUUGCUGCUUGCAUAGUUUUAACCAUCGGUGGGAACAUCCUCGUACUGCUGGCCUUUAUUGUCGAUCGAUCCAUAAGACAGCCGAGCAAUUACUUUAUAGCGUCAUUAGCCGCCACUGACAUGCUUAUCGGCACGGUUUCUAUGCCAUUCUACACAGUAUAUGUGCUGAUGGGCUCCUGGGAUCUUGGUCCUCUUCUUUGUGAUUUAUGGCUCUCUGUAGAUUAUACUGUUUGCUUGGUAUCUCAAUACACCGUUCUACUAAUCACAAUAGAUCGUUUUUGCUCGGUGAAGAUUGCUGCCAAGUACCGGAGUUGGCGUACUAAGAAUCGCGUUAUAUGGAUGGUGACAAUCACCUGGAUCAUACCAGCACUCUUAUUCUUCAUAAGCAUUUUUGGAUGGGAACACUUCGUUGGUUACAGAAAUCUCAAACCAAAUGAAUGCGCUGUUCAAUUUCUAAAAGAUCCUAUCUUCAACACUGCCUUGAUAAUCGGUUAUUACUGGACGACACUCGUAGUACUGUUCAUUCUCUAUGGUGGCAUUUAUAAAACAGCUUACGACAUGCAAAAAAAGAGUGAGGCUAAGCAAAGAAAGAUGCAGUCAAUGGUAGCUUUGAGUGCAGGCGCAAUGUCAGGAAUGGCUGGCCGAGCAGCCGGAAUUGGAAUCUCAAAGACGCAAAGCACAAUCCUUAGUCAAGACAAACCCAAAGAUCCUAGUGGUGGCACAUCAAGCACAAGCGUUGAUAAUGCCCCAGGUUCAGGCGAUGACCUCAAGGAUGCCAAUUACACCGGAACUGGGCGCAAGUUAUCUGGACAACAAUCUCAAAACAAAGAUUCAAACAAUAAACUGAAAUCGGGAACGACAUCAUCAGAAAUGGAGAGGUCUGAGCGCUCAAGCAGUCCAGCAUUCGAUUCAGAUGAUGACAGUGCAGUUGCUGUGACAAGUCAACAAUCUGCAGUGCGGAAGCGGUCGUCAAUUGCUGGACUGAUGGUUCAAGCAGGCGCUGUCCACGUAUUUACCAGCAACAACCGACUGAAUGGGAUGGUUCCUAUCAACGUUGAAAUGAAUCCUAUGAUAAAAAAGAUGCCUCCUACGUCUCCGCUGCUAGACUCAGCUUCAAAAGCUCACACACUGCCCAAGAUUCAAGAGUACAGCCUUGCAGACAUAGAAAACACCAUAGAAAAUACAUGCGAAUACGAAAAAAGCAGCACAACGUUGACACCCGAGCAAUCAUUACGAUCGAACGACAUUGAUUUAAAUCAUAGCAUUGAACGAAUUGAGGACACACCACCAUCCGAAAUUAGAAAUAAAAGUUCAUCAUCUGGCCAACCAAGCAUCAUUCCUCCUCCGACGCAGUUUCUAGGUAGCCCAUCAGUAUCAGAGAGUACGUCAACUUCAUCGUCUAUCGACAAGACAAAAUCAUUAAUGGCUCAUGGAGCAGGGACCUACGAUAUAAUGACUGGACUGGACGGCGCAGAUUUGAGCCUAGCGAAUCCUCUGUCAACGGCACCAUCAUCUCCUGUCCUCGGGCAUUCUGGAACAUCAGCAGCCAACACUAGUCUUCUGCAGGCAGCGCUGAUCAGGGCUGCUGCUCAGCACCAAUCCAGCACCACCCCAACACAACCUUCGCACAAUCCUCAAGUAACACAUGCCUCAUCACAAACCAACCCUCCGCGAGUCUUCGUCACCCAUCAGAUCAACGCAGCUUCGCAAACAUCACCUACUGUUGUUAGCAAAGUUAACACAGAAGUCACUGUAAAAGUUGAAGACAUUAAACGACAGCCAAUCACUACGGUUGUAAGCACAUCCAUCGAAUCGUCCAACAACGGCACAACGACUGAUCAAAAACCGAACAAUCAGCCGCAGGUGUCCUCCUCCAGCAGCGCUAUUCCAACAGUUGUUGCGGCGACUGUCAUUAAUCAGGAUCCAAAGCGGCAGUCUAAAAAAAAAGACAAUUACAAAGAAAUAGACACUAGCAGUGGAUCACGACGUGAUUUUGUUAAGUCGAUUGGUCGGCGUUUGAAAGCUAAAACACAGAAAAAAGACCCGACUAUUGGUAGACAAAAAUCCCGAACUGAAAACCGGGCUAGAAAAGCUUUUAGAACUAUUUCAUUUAUUUUAGGUGCUUUUGUUGCUUGUUGGACUCCCUAUCAUGUAAUGGCGCUUGUUGAGGGCUUUUGUUCUCAUCGACCCUGCACUAAUGAACAUCUUUAUAUGUUUUCAUAUUUUUUAUGUUACGCGAACAGUCCCAUGAAUCCUUUCUGCUAUGCACUGGCUAAUCAGCAAUUCAAAAAAACCUUUACGAGAAUUCUUAAAGGUGAUUUUCAUAUGACGUAAUUUAGUAGUAUUGGUAUUAAAUAUAGCUAGUAGAUAUAUUCAAUUAGAUACCAAAAAAAAAAUAAAUUUGGCAAACUAAUCAAAUUUCCAUUGAGAGUAUGGUGAAUGGACAAUAAAAUAGUUUACAUAAUGUUUUUAAGUAUAAAGGUAAAUAUAUAUAUAUAUAUAUAUAUAUAUAUAUAUAUAUAUAUAUAAAAUAUAAUGACUUAUGACAGGCUUUGUCGAUUCAUCAAGAGUCAACAUUGACAAUAUGUUCGAUUACCGUUAUGUAUAUAUAUAUACUGAUAAUAUUUAAUAUUAAUAAUAAUUAUAAUUAUUGUUAGAUGAUCAUUGUACUGCGACCUAACUGUAAGAAAUGUACAUACUGUAUAUGUUAAUGUUUAUUUAUUAUGAAGUAAAUCUAAGAACUAUGUACCGUUGAUGAUUGAAAGAAACUAUUAAGUUCGUGAAAAUUUAUUGAACCCGACAACUGAUGAGUAUUGUAGCUUACACUGUGAAUACACAAGUAAAAUUUGUUUAUAAGAUUAAUAGAGCUGUAAAUUGUAUACUAGUUAAUUGAAAAAUUCAGACGAUUAACGAUCGUUAUGAAAGACAUAAAGUGAAAUAGUCCAUUUUUUUCGUUAUUUUUUAUUUCCUAAUAAAACAAAGUAAUUGUUGACAUAAUCACGGAUUCAAGCGAUUCGGUGGAUCAUUAAUAUACUUUGAUGCACUGCCGAAAGUGGCCUAUAAAUAAAAGGCCUUUUAAACAUAAUAAUAACUUAACUUUUUCGAGUGCGAUUUCUUGUAAUUCGUGAUUAUGUUACAGUAACUUUUUAUGUGAUUCAACAAAUUAGAUUAGUUAAGUAAUGUGCACUGUUUACAUUUCGAUAAUUAAAUUGACGCAAGAGAAUAAGAAGGCGCAAAAAAAAACCAACUAUUUUUUUUUUUUUUUUCGGGUCUUUUAUAAAAUAUGUUGGUUUAUCGUGUUCUAACGUGCGAUAUUAUUAAAAACAAAUUUGUAUUAUUAUUUUUACUCUAUUUUACUUAAAAAAUAUCUGUGAUGCGUCUUUGAAAGCUACAAAAAUGUUGAGUUAUUUCCGAAAAUUAGAAUUUUGGCUUAGAACUUUCUAAAUGUACAUAAUGUCAAACUUAAAAAAAAUACAAUGACCAAAAUAAAGAUCAAAAGAACAAAAAUGAUAAAGAAACAUAUUUUCAUAUGAGACUCAAAAUAAAUAAUUUUUUUUUUUUGCGCCACUCUAUCAGAGAAUAAAGCAGCAGAUUUAAGUUAAUAAGGUUACAUAGUAAUCAAAUUGAUAAAAAAAAUAGUGGAACGUAAAAAAAAAAAUUUAAUAAGAUUAU